UUGACAGAAUCGGGUCGUUUUUGUAAACAACCGUGCAAAAAAAGAGAAGGUGCUCGACGGGGAACCAAGUUCCGCUGCUUCGACCGAACCCGGAAUCCAGAACCUAGAACCCAGAGCCGGACCGUCGCGUGUCACCGGCCCGGUAGACGCCGCCUCGAUGCAUCGCGGAGGAGCGGGCACGCAGCGGGGAUCAUGGACGUGUACGACUUGUUCAGUAGUUGCAGAAAGGGCGACGUUUGUAGAGUCAGAUACCUUGUUGAGCAAAGAGACGUGGAACUCAACGUCAGAGACAAGUGGGACAGCUCUCCUUUGUACUAUGCUUGUCUCUGUGGUCACGAGGAGCUGGUCCAGUACCUGCUGGCUAACGGCGCCAAGUGCGAAGCCAACACGUUCGACGGCGAGCGCUGCAUGUACGGCUCUCUGAACGAGUCCGUCCGCCGCCUGCUCAAAGACUACAAGUGCAUCAGCGUGCGCGCCAUGCAGCGGGACGACUUCAACUACUUCCUGCACACGUUGCUGGAGCAGGGCCCGCACAGCGACGUCAAGUUCCUGGUUCACGGGCGAAUGUUCACGGCCCACCGCUGCGUGCUCAGCGCCCGCUCCGAGUACUUCACCGACAUGUUUGAGACCAAGUGGAAAGGGAAGACCCUGAUCACCCUCAAGCACCCUCUGGUCAACCCUUCGGCCUUCGGAGCCAUCCUGCAAUAUUCCUACACAGGGAGGAUGGACAUUGACAUCAGCCUCGUGGAGGACUGCAGGCGACUGGCUAAACAGUGCAAGAUGGAGCUGCUCAUAGACGAGCUGGAGAACAAAUGCAAACAGCUCUAUGAGUUCGUGUCCCACAAGCCGGGGAUCUGUGUGAAGGUCCUCAGCCUGGAUCCUCACAGCUGCCAGCUGCAGGAGGAGAUGGCCCAGUUGGCGGACUGCGCCCUUCCCAUCGAAUUACAAGUCGGAUUCGGUGAGCUUCCUUUCAACCGAGUCGACCGCUUCCCAACGUAUCCCGACAUCUGCUUCAGAGUCGACGGCUUCAACUUCCUGUGCCACAAGGCGUUUUUCUGCGGGCGGAGCGACUAUUUUAAAGCGCUGCUGGAGGACCACUUCAGCGAGGGGGAACAGCUGCAGACGCAGCCCGGCACGCCGGUGAUCACCCUCCACAACAUCUCCCACGAAAUAUUCAUGCACGUCAUGUACUACAUCUACACCGAUGACACACAGCUGAUAACAGAGGUGUCCUUCGACGUGCUGUGCGUGGCCGACAUGUAUCUGCUGCCCGGCCUGAAGCGCCUUUGCGGGAAGACGCUCGCCAAGACCAUAUGCGAGGACAACGUCCUCUACAUGUGGAAGACGGCCAAGCUCUUCCGCCUGUCCCGGCUGGAGGACCAGUGCACGGAGUUCAUGGCUAAGAUCAUCGAGCGGCUGGUGGAGCGGGCCGAGUUCGCCGAGAUCAUCAAAGAGGACGCGGCGUCCGUGGAGGAGCGGCAAGAGACGGACUCCGUCCCGCUGGUGGACGAGAUCCGGUACCACAUCACCGGCAACGUGCAGACCUAUAGCGCCAUAGAGGAGGCCAAUCAGAAGCUGGAGGCCUUGGAGGAGUUGCUCAGCAGCAUCAACAUUUACUGCUGAAGGGGCUCGAUGAGAGAGGAAACCUCCUGUCAUUGGGCUUUUAUUUUAUUCAGUAUAUACUUUCAUAGAAAGCUUUUUACGGUGGAGUCGGCGACCCAAACGAACCCGUCAAUUUGAAUUUAGCCUCCCGCUCACUCCCGGUGUCUCUCUCCCUUUGUGUUCAUCCUUUACCCGUCUUCGUUCAAGUCCUCUUCCCUGUGCACCAGCAUGCGCGCCCCCUAGUGGCCAAAUGUGUGUAUGAACAACGGCCUUUGACCCCGAGAGUCCUGGACUAGAAUCGCCGACUGCACAUGUGAGUUAUUUUAUUAAGGAGACAUAUCAAAAAGAGAUUUGGUAAAAAGUACCAAGUUCUGCAAGACGGCGUUUGAGGAAAUUGUGUAUGAUGUAUUUACACAUGCAUGUUUGUUUUAGGCAUUAUGUGUAGCUGCCAGAAUUUUCGACUAGCUGGUUAUUUUGCUCUUUAAAUCUGCACUUUGGCCUCAACAAAGCUCAGCACCAGCCCUCCAAACUGACUCCAGAUGUCGUUUCAAUGCUCGCAGAAAGCCAAACGAGUCGCACAACGAGUGCUGUGCGACUGAUAACUAUGGGUAGAAAAAGACAAUGGAGUAUAAAUUCAGGUCAUUACUCCAGAAAAUGUUGUUGGUGUGAAACUUUAUGUUAAGUUGCAUAGAAUGUGGUUUUAUUAUGUCUGUAACCCAACUUUUAUUUGGAAUUGAUCGGACGUGGCGGCUGAAUGUCAACACACAAUCCGCUCCUGUGUGACACUUUAGUAAUUAUUCCUACGCUAUUUUCCCCUUUUAACAUUUCCCUUUAUUUAAACCUUACGUGGAAAAACGUAUUCCCGGCGGCCUUGUGUGUGACAAACCUCUCUUGCCCAGUGUGCGCACACCAAAAUAAAGCUGUGACUGAAAUGUUUGCCUGUAAAAUCCACCAUCCAAGAUAAUGUAAACAUAUCGGAUCUUGGUUUUGAAAAUUAAACGCCUUUCAGAAUUCUGAAACAUCUCAACAACUAA